ACAUGACCAGUAUUUUAAUUUUCUGCUCUGAAAAAUUGAAACUGAACAUUGUGAGAUAACUUUUUAUUGUGAUUUAUGACAGGGAAAAAUAUUUCAGAUUGCUCCUGACAUUGGGAAGUAAUUUUUAAGUGAGUCAUAAAAUAUGAAUUAAACAGUUUAACAUGUUAUAAAGGGGAAGUUAAUGCAACCAAUUUGCUCAAGUAGAAGGUCAUAGGCUUGUGUGACAAUGGGAGAAAUAAAAUAAAUGAAAGUUGAGGAAGAUAUUAAGGUUAUGCAAAUAUGAUGAGAUUGUUUCUUCGACCGGAGCUCUCAGGAAGUCUGUGGACAUGGGGGAUGAUGCUAUAUCAAAAGUCUCCAUCGUAUACCUUGCUUCCAGGCUGAACAGACUGAAUGACUCAGCAAAUACUCUUCUUCAGGAAGAUAACCUGGUUGCUUACAACAUUGAAAAUUCCAAUGCCACUUACGUUACUGAAACAAUUAAUAGUGAGAAGGAAGACUUUGAGUAUAGAAAGGAUGCCAGAAGAGAGCUUCUUGAGGUGUUGGAGAAAUUACCAGUGAGAGACGAGGCAGAAGUUUUACAAAGUGCUCAAGCCCUUGCCGUCACUACAGCUGUACCAGAAGAGUUGGACAUUGGCGCCCUCUAUCUGUCACUGAAGGUGUUAGAGUCGGUCUGUUCCGGUGCGGAGAAGGUUUACCAGGAUGAGCUCACACCAACUGGGGAUCUCGUGCAGCUGGUGGUCGCCACAGCUUCGAGCAUCAUCAGGGGAACGGUGGACAUGGCGCAGGAGAAAGAUGAAAUGCUGAAAUAUAUGUACAGACAGAUGAUAGACGACGCUAUCAAGAAUGUGAACAAACUUGUUCUGAAUGAGUUGAAGUUCCAUCUGGUGUUUGAGGAACCAGUGAUGUCAUCGAGCGACUUCCUGUCUGUGUGGGCCUCCAGACACUCUAUGACAGACAAACAUACACUUGCCAUCGGAGAGACAAAAUUUAAAAUUCCAUCACAUUUGGGCUCCAGCAGAAUUAGCAAGAACUCGGUGCUGGGUACCAACGUGAAUGACAUCAUUGGUAGUGAAGCAGCCAAUCAAAGAUGUAUACAAAGUCACAUGACUUCGUUCAAGAUGAAUCCAUAUGGUCUAGAUAACAGAAAUAAGGUACAAAGUGUUGUUGGAGGACUAGAGCUGUAUGACUGUGAGGGGAAGCUAAUCAGCAUUGCAGGCUUACAUCCGCAGGAUCAAAUACACAUAGAUCUGCCAAAUAUACCACCAAAGACUGUAGUGUUUGAAGACCUGGUAUUGAACAAGUGGUCUAUGAAUGUUCACCAAUUUAAUAUAACAGCCAACAACUUUGAACAUGCAUUACAUUUCCUGAUUAGAUUUACCCCUGUGAAGAGAGGAAGGCUCUUCCCAAUCACUGCUUUAUUAAGUUUCACCAAACCUCCAAGACCAGAUUUUUACCAACAUAAGUAUGACUUUGAGGCGGGUGAAAACAGUGUGGAUAUUUUCUUGCCGGCUGGAUCUUUUAAUGCUACUGGAAUGUACUAUAUUGGAAUUGUUGACUCCACCUACAACUCUGAUAGGCUCCGCCCAGGGGAGGUAACACAGAGAAAUUACACCCUCAAAUUAUGGUGGGGCCAGUGUUUAUACUGGAAUGGUGACAAAGAGGCGUGGCUUCCAGAUGGAUGUUCUAUUUCUCAGAAUUCAACUUUUGAGGUCACUAAAUGCACGUGUAAUCAUUUGACAUCAUUUGGUGGAAAGUUUGAGCUGAUACCCAACAAACUCACAUUCACUGAUAUUGAAGGACUCUUCAGUUUACAUCAGAAUGCAGUGACCUUGACCUUGAUCAGUGUUGUCUUGGUGUUAUACUGUAUAUUGUUGUUCUGGUGUUACCGUGCUGAUCUCUAUGACAACAGGAAAGGUGGAAUAGUUUAUCUCCUGGACAACUCACCCAUGGACCAACAAAAGUUCGAAAUUACAGUGGAAACAGGCUACUGGAAAGGAGCUGGCACCACAGCUAAGAUAAGUCUGAUACUGCAUGGAGAGGAAGGCAUGUCCGAGACAAGAGAACUGAUCAGUGAGGACGACAGACCCAUGUUUGAGAGAAAUUCCAGGGACAAAUUUAUAUUGUCACUACCAGACAGUAUUGGACGAAUAUGGAAAGUUCAGAUUUGGCACAACAAUUUUGGACCAUCGCCAAGUUGGUAUCUGAACAGGGUGAUAGUGCGAGAUUUAAAUACAGGGAACCAGUACAUGUUUAUUUGUGAGAAAUGGUUAGCAGUAGAAGAACAAGAUGGUAAAGUAGAGAGAGAGUUUAUGCUGCAGGAUGGAGCUUUACAGUUUGGAAAGGCUUUUCCCUGUAAAGCUGUACAAUAUAUGGCAGAUUUUCAUAUCUGGAUGUCCCUGGUCACAUGCCCACCAUAUAGUGGUUUUAUGAGAAAGGAACGGCUAACGGUGUGCCUAACUAUGUUGAUGGCCUACAUGUGUCUGAAUGCGAUGUGGUACAAAAUGUCUGUGACAGAGUACCGUGGUGAGUUUGGUCUGUUAGAUGUAUCAUGGAGGAAUGUAACAGUUGGCGCUGUCUGCUGUGCAGUUGUCAUCCCCAUUGGUCGACUCCUGGAAUUCUUGUUUAGAAGGAGCAAACCAAAACACGCAUCAAGUUCUCCGACAAAAGACGAGGUAACAGAUUGGGAACCAGACUACCCGAGUGGUAAACCCAACGAGCAAGAGAGUGAGGACUCGUCGGAACAAGUACAGCCUAUCAUGACAUACUCUCUCUUGGACCAGUCCAUCCUCAACUGGCCAAACAUCCAGUCCUGGGCGCAGAAACAAUGGAUAAAACGGCAGGUGACUGGGCGGUCAGCACAUGACUCGCACAGUGGUAACAGUAGCAGUAAUUCGGGACACCACCAUGGAAGUAACGGCAGUACAAACAGACCUGGUGUGAACCCUGUAGAUCUGUCGGUCCUACAUACACAUGGUAUUCCAGAGCUUGAUCAAGCCUCGAGUGGAUUUGAAGAUUGCAGUAGUCUGAUUCGACCAAAAGCUUCUGUCGACAGCACACACACGACAGCAGCUCCAUCUGUGAAUGAGAGCACACGUGUGCAUAAACCACAGUCAUUGGCUGAUAGUCUAAGAAUAUCUACCAAAAUGCCGUCAGAGUCAGACUUUGAGAAGACGAGUAAAGCGCCCUCUAUCUCAAGCUCGACGAGUAAUAAAUCCUCUGUUUUGCACGAUAGGAGGAAGAGACGUAUCCUUGGACAUCUGUACCUACCAUACUGGUGUCGGUAUAUCGCCUGGACCCUGUGUGCCAUUAUUUGCGUCUGCUGUGCCACUGUUACCAUCAUGUAUGGAUAUAGGUUUGGUACAUUGAAGAGCACCCUAUGGCUACAGUCUCUGUACUUCAGUGUGAUGAUCUGUAUCUUCAUUGCAAACCCACUGCUCAUUGUGUUGGCAGUAUUUUACGCUGCCUGGGUUUACAAGAAGGACCCUAACUCUACAGAUAGUUAUGGCUACGAUAUAUUCAAUCGUCAGAAAGCAAAGGAAGAUUUGUUCCAAUGGAAGAAACAGCUUGAAUCAUGGGAUGAGGGCGAGGCCUUGGAGAGGGGUGUAGCUGCCAGACAAAGAUCAAGAUAUUUACGAUUUGCACGACCACCGCAAGAAAAACAACUGAUAGAGGCUCGGAAACGGGUCCUCAAGGAAAAGAAGGCACUGACAAUAUUUAGAGAAUCUGUGACGUUUGCUUUAACUGUUGUUUUACUGGUGAUAAUGGCUUACAGUAAAGAUAUGAGACCAAGUUACUAUUUGAAUACAGCAGUGAAAAGUACGUUUCUGAAGUCUGGGGAUAUCCAGUUCAGUAACAUUAAGACUCGUGAUGAUUGGUAUAUGUGGGCUGGUACCUCACUACUUGAUGCCAUAGCCACAUACAGCCCACUGCAUGAUAAAAAUACCAGCUCAGCAAGAGACGGUAACUCUUACAUGAUUGGGCAAGUUCAGCUGAGACAGCAAAAGGUUCAAGAAAUCCCUUGUUCAGGACAGCUACCCUAUGUACACUCUAGUUGCCUUGGUGACAGUGUUUCCAUGGAAACAGGGACUCACAUGAACAUUCAAGGACUGUCAUAUACUUCUGGUUGCCAUGGUGACUUUAUGUUUGGUUGGCAUGGUGUUUAUGGUGGAAGUGGAUAUGUGUUGUCCUUAAAUACUUCAAGGUCAGAAGCCAGGAAGCAGUUGAUGUCUUUGAAGAUCGCUAAUUGGUUGGACAGAUUGACGGGCACUGUGUUUGUGGAACUCACUCUGUAUAACACACCAAGUAACCUGUUCACUGCGGUUAAACUGUUGACAGAAAUGUCAUCGACUGGUGUUACACGUACCACGUUGAAGGUCACAUCGACACAACUGUUCAGAUACGUCACAAUAUUGGAUGAUGUUUUAUUAGCAUGUGAGUUGUUGUUUAUUGUGUUAAUGAUGGUAUCAGUGAAGAAUCAGGCAUUCAAGAUUAUCGCAGAAAGACGGGGCUAUUUUAACUCGCUCUGGAAUAUGCUUAGUUUCCUACUUGCAGUAACGUCCCUUAUAUUUUGUGGCUGUUUUAUCUACCGGUUUGUGAUCGUUGCCGACACAGUGGAGACGCUACGCAGCACGUACUAUGAGAGAUAUGUCAGCGUGUCCUUCAUCACAUUCUGGGACGAGAUGUUACGGUCAUUCGUGGCGAUACUGCUGUUCCUGUGUUUUGUAAAAUGUCUGCGUCUGCUGCGAUUCAACAAACAGUUUGCAGUUUUUGGGGAAGUAUACAGAAAAGCCAGAUGGGAAAUUAUCAUAUUUUUUGCAAUGUUCUGUGUGAUUCUGGCUGCCUACACUAGCAUGGGACACAUUCUGUUUGGUUCCAUGGUGAUGACCUUCCGUGACACAUGGAGCAGUCUUCUGGGGGUUACAGCUUUACUUACAGGGAACUAUGAUUUCCCAGACUUCCAGAGUGAAGGUCAAACUGUUGUUGCUAAUGUGUACUUGUUCACCUUUUGUGUCUUUGGAAUUGGACUUUUCACUUCAUAUAUGAUAGCUGUACUCUCACACUACUUCAAGACUCGUAAACGACGCCGUCUGCUAGCAAUGAGUGGGAAAGAAGCCAUUUUGUUUUACUGGAACCAGUUUCAAUUGUGGACUGGAUUACAGAAACCAAGAAUAGAAGAGGAACCAGUAGUUAUUUUACCUCCAGAAUUUACAAUGGCUGAAAUAGAAUAUCAAGUUGAUGAGCUGCUUUUCCGGAUGAAUGCCUUGACCGGGUCACAUGGUCUACCAGAAAAACCACCGUGUUAUCUUACCGACUCUGACUGUACAUAUGGGGGAGGUGAUGACGGAAUCUCUAGUGCAGGAUCCGAGGCUGGUGCAGGUUUUAUAGAGGACCGUUUAGAGCAGCGUGUACAGAAGAUUGAGGACAAUCUAUGUUCUCAGGAACCGUUCCUUGCCCAGCUUCUCAAAUUUGAUACACUCGGUGCAGAGGACCUGUCACAGGAGAGGGAGAAACAACUAAGAUCUCAUCUUGAACUUGAGAUUUUCCGUCAAUUACAAAUUCAGCGACAAGAUUUAAAAAGUCCUUCAGAAGAGAAUGCCAAUAAGGGAAGUAACUCUAACACCCCAGAAGCAGAUGACAAAGUUGCGCAAGUGACUCCGCACAGUCCUGGACAAGAUUCUACAUCUUCAGAUGAAGUUGCUAUGAAGCAGAUGGCCUUAAAACCUACAAAACCACGACGUACACGAUCCAGCCUUAAGGUACAGACCAUCCAUGACCUUAUCGCUAAGACUACACAUGACCUUGUUGCCAAGACAACACACGACCUUGUCGAGUCACAUGAAAACUCUAGUUCUAACCCUGAUUCACCUAGGGAUAAAGUAGCUUUCAGUAAAAUUCAAAGACCUGUUGACGGGUCUAAAAAACUUCCUAUUAAACAAAAUAGUUCUUCUUCAAGUUCGGAAAAAAUAGCUCCGGAAAUGUCGAGUCAUACAAACUCUUCAGAAACUGAAACCAUUAAAAAGCCUACAAAACCAACAUUCUUACAUUCAAGAGACUCUUCUUUGUCAGAUGGAGCAAAAGGGAGUCCAAUUUUGAAAUUACGUACAUCUGGUUUAGAGAAAGGACAGAGAUUGGAAACCAAUCCCUUGGGUUUACCGGAAUCAAGUUCUGGUUCAGAGCAGGAUGGUUUACAGAGUGGGAAGAAGAUGUUUGGAAGAAGAAGUUUACGGAAAACAAAAUCACGUGGUAAAGGUAAAGGUCCAGACAGCUUGGAACCAGCACUGAUUUUAGAUGAGAUUGAAGGUGAGGAAGCAGAGAGUUUUGAAGUGGAGGUAGAUUUGGUUGAAGCGCCACCUUGUGAUAAUGACAAUCAAACAAAGGGAGCUAACAAUGAUAAACAUGAAGGAAUUGAACAUGUUGUGACUGCUGAUGUCCACCACAUAAAUUAUUAGCAAUAGAAGAUGACUGUUGUAAAAAAAAUUUUUAAAAAUGUACGCAGAAUCUAGUCAAAUUCAAGAGAAGGGGGGUUGGGGAAGUGUAUUUGAAUUCAUCUUGUUGGCAGAGAUGUUUUUUUUACAAGUUACAAGAUACAUUAUGUAGCAAAUCUUCAUUACUAAUUAACUUGUUAUUAAAUAAAAAAAAAUAGUUUUCAUAGUUUAUAAUGUUGUACAAGAACUACACAUUUAUGUUAAAUAUGGUAGUGCAUGACGGACCAAUUUACAUUAAAUAUGGUAUUGAAUGUUUCAAAACAAACAAUUCUUGUGAUACUUGUAAACAAAACUAAAGGUGAAAUUUUUAAUUUAUAGAGAAAUCUGUGAUAAUACUACAGUCCGUCCACUGUAUGUUAAAAAUUUUGUUUGGGUUAUUGGCCAGUUCAGUUGUAAAUGAAAGUGUGUAUUACAUAAUUGGGCUGUUCCCUGAGAAAACCUGUGUUAGUGACAAAAAAUGAAAGUUUAGAUAACAAAAUAUUCACAAAGAAUAUUCUUUUACCUUUCAAAUCUGAAGUAAUUAUCUUCUCUAUUUCAAAAGUUACAAUGAUUUUAAGUAAGUCGCCAAAGGCAUUUUGAGAUGUGACACUGAAAACAUCAUGAAAGCAGUAUGCCAUCGCCGUGCAUGGUGUCUAUUUUUCAAGUCAUUAAUGCAACAAAUUUUGCAUUUCACUUGCUAAACAUCACACGUUUGAAUAUUUAGGAACAGUUUAAAAUGAUUUUACUGAAAAAUAACAUAACUGUUUAUUUUUGGUUUCAUCAUGGGUCUUUUAUCCUCACAUCUCUUAUAUUUUCAUGAUGCAUGGGUACUUUGGAUUUUCUAUUGCCAUGACAACACAAAUAACAUUUAUUUGUAAAAUAUGAUAGAAUUUGAUUUCCCUUCAGUAACUGUAUUACAAUAUACUCGUUUCUAGUUUCUGCCUGAACAUACUAUGAUUUCCCAGUAUUUUAAACUGCUUCUUGUACGAUAAUAUAUCAGGUUUUCUCAUGGAAUGGCCAAUAUAUAAAUUUAUGAUACAAAAUGUAUUUUGUAUUUUAGUAGAUUUAGCAUGUGCCAAAUGAAAAAAGAUGUGGCAAUUAAUUAAAAUGACCAAUUGUAGAAAA